ACUGAAUACGAUUACGACUCUGAGUUGGACUAUGGGGACUCUGGCCUGUGUGUGUACGAGAGUCAUGGCGCCAAAUACCUUCCUGUCCUCUACAGCAUUAUCUUCCUCCUGGGCCUUCUCGGAAACUCUCUGGUCAUCUGGGUCACCAUCUGCGGGGUGCGUCUCCGCAGUAUGACCGACGUGUGCCUCCUGAACCUGGCCAUCGCUGACCUGCUGCUGGUUUGCUCUCUUCCCUUCCUCGCCCACCAGGCCCGCGACCAGUGGCUGUUCGGAGAUGCUAUGUGCAAAGUGAUCCUGGGCAUUUAUAAUAUUGUUUUUUACUGUGGGAUCUUCUUCAUCUGCCUGAUGAGCAUCGACCGGUACUUGGCCAUAGUUCACGCUGUUUACGCCAUGAGAGCACGGACGCGGUCGUUCGGACUGGUUGCAGCUGCUGUUACAUGGGUGGCUGGAUUUCUGGCUUCGUUCCCUGAUCUGAUCUUCCUCAAACUGCAAACUAACUCGACGGUGUUCUGCGCUCCUGAGUAUCCCUCCUCUGGCUCGAGCGACUCUUCUCAUCACUUCUGGGGGGUCUUUAGCCUUUUCAAAAAGAACAUUUUGGGUCUGCUUGUCCCAGCCCUCAUCAUGGGGUUCUGCUACUCUCAGAUUGUGUGGAAGCUGCUGUACUGCCAGUCGCCCAAGAAACAGGCCAUCCGGUUAGUUCUCGCAGUGGUGGUGGUUUUCAUCUGCUGCUGGCUCCCCUAUAACGUUGCAUUGUUCUUCAAAGCACUGGAGCUCCUGGAUGUCUACACAGCUUGUGGAACAAGCAAAGCCAUCAGGUUGACUUUACAAGUCACAGAGGCCAUUGCCUACGCUCACAGCUGCCUCAACCCCAUCCUGUACGUGUUUGUCGGGGAGAAGUUCAAGAGGCACCUGGUGAGGCUGAUCCACACAGCUCCCUGUUGGCUGUGUCAGGUUGUUAAGGUCCACAUCCCUCGGGACAGAAGAGGAUCGAUGCACUCACAAACCACCAGUGUGGACGAGAGGAGCACCGGGUUGUAA